AUGGCAGCAUCAACAACGAACGAGAUUAAGCCAGUCGGCUCGACUCCCGGCUCUGCAUCGGCUUAUGAUAGCAAUUCAAUGACACCCCUCGCAUACGAUCUCGUCAAUACGCCAGAGGGUAUUUCUACCUUGGUCGACUAUCUCAGCGGACUGCCCAAUGACGCGGUCCCAUCGCAUUAUGUUGAUCUCGAAGGCGACAACCUCAGUAGGCAUGGCAUCAUAUCCAUCCUCCAGCUAUAUGUGGCUCCGAAACAACACACAUACCUCCUCGAUAUCCAUGCUCUCGGUGACAAAGCUUUCUUGACUCCGGGCGAGAGAUCAGGCAAAACAAUCAAGGGGUUCUUGGAGGACCCCAACGUAAAGAAGGUCUUUUUCGAUGUUAGAAACGACUCAGAUGCUCUGUUCCACCACUUCAGGAUUGAUCUGGACGGGAUACAAGAUCUUCAGCUUAUGGAGUUCGCCUCACGUUACAACAAGGCAGGAUUUCUCAGCGGAUUAGCAAAAUGCAUAGAGAGGAAUGCCCCAUUGACGCCCGAAGAAAUCUUCGCCUGGAGAGCUGUCAAAGUGUUGGGACACAAUCUGUUCAACCCACAGUCGGGCGGAAGUUAUGCUGUCUUCAACCAGCGACCUUUAUCUCCGGAUAUUCUUCGCUACUGCAUCCAGGAUGUCCAAUACCUGCCUCGUCUCUGGGCUGUGUACUAUCAAAAGCUGGGAAAGGAUUGGAAGCACGCCGUGGAGAGGGAAACGAAGAACAGAAUCCUGAAAUCUCAUGCAUCUGACUAUAAUGGCCAGGGCAGGCAUAUGACGGAGCCACCUGCUGAUUGGGUUGUGAGAAACCCAGAAAUCACUGCCAAUAUUCACACUGAACCAACUACAAUUACGAGAUACACGUAG